GUAAAAGAUUGGAGCUUUGGAAGGAAAGUUUGAAGCUUUGAAGGGGUUUGGUGCUGAAUUUGAAUGGUUGGUAUUGGAGUAGAUCCAGAAGCAAAGCUGUGUCUCUGAUCCGAUCAGUUCUCGGCGUCCAUGGCUGCUACUAUAAGUCCUGUGGUUGGAUCUCUUGUUUGGGUGGAGGAUUCUGAAGAAGCGUGGCUAGAUGGUGAAAUCGUGGAGGUUAAAGGUGAAGAGAUCAAGGUUCUAUGCACUUCAGGAAAGACGGUUGUUGUUAAAACUUCCAAUGCCUAUCCCAAAGAUCCUGAAGCUCCACCAUGUGGAGUGGAUGAUAUGACAAAGUUAGCUUACUUGCAUGAACCGGGUGUCCUUGAUAAUCUAAGAUCAAGAUAUGAUAUAAACGAAAUAUAUACUUACACAGGGAACAUUUUGAUUGCUGUGAACCCUUUCAUGAGACUACCUCAUCUUUACGAUAGCCAUAUGAUGCAACAAUAUAAAGGGGCAGCAUUUGGUGAGUUGAGUCCACACCCCUUUGCUGUUGCUGAUGCUGCAUAUAGACUGAUGAUUAAUGAUGGAGUAAGUCAGGCAAUAUUGGUUAGUGGUGAGAGUGGGGCUGGUAAAACAGAAAGCACCAAAUUGCUUAUGCGCUAUCUUGCUUACAUGGGAGGGAGAGCUGUUGCUGAAGGGAGGACCGUUGAACAGCAAGUCCUGGAGUCCAAUCCUGUUUUGGAAGCAUUUGGUAAUGCAAAAACUGUUAGAAACAAUAACUCCAGUCGUUUUGGUAAGUUUGUGGAGAUUCAGUUUGAUCAGAGCGGGAGAAUCUCUGGAGCUGCUAUAAGAACGUAUUUGCUAGAAAGAUCGCGUGUUUGUCAGGUCUCCAAUCCUGAGAGAAAUUAUCAUUGUUUCUACAUGCUUUGCGCUGCUCCACCAGAGGAUGUUCAAAAGUACAAAUUGGGACACCCAAGAACAUUUCAUUAUUUAAAUCAAUCAGAUUGCUAUGAGCUGGAUGGGGUUGAUGAUUCUGAAGAGUACAAGGCAACACGGAAGGCAAUGGAUAUUGUUGGAAUAAGUACUGAUGAACAGGAUGCAAUAUUUCGAGUUGUGGCAGCAGUCCUGCAUCUUGGAAACAUUGAAUUUGCAAAGGGAAAGGAAACAGACUCAUCCACGCCAAAAGAUGAAAAAUCUUGGUUUCACCUGAAAACUGUUGCUGAGCUUCUAAUGUGUGAUGUGAAGGCAUUGGAAGAUUCUCUUUGCAAACGUGUAAUUGUAACUCGUGAUGAAACAAUCACAAAGUGGCUGGAUCCUGAAGCUGCAGCCGUCAGCAGAGAUGCUCUGGCUAAAGUUGUGUACUCCAGGCUGUUUGAUUGGCUUGUAGACAAGAUUAACAAUACAAUUGGGCAAGACCCCAAUUCAAAGGUUUUAAUUGGUGUUCUGGACAUUUACGGAUUUGAGAGUUUCAAGACGAACAGUUUUGAGCAGUUUUGUAUCAAUUUGACCAAUGAGAAGCUUCAGCAGCAUUUCAAUCAGCACGUUUUUAAAAUGGAGCAAGAAGAAUAUACAAAAGAAGAAAUUGAUUGGAGUUACAUUGAUUUUGUUGACAAUCAAGAUAUCCUAGAUCUAAUCGAAAAGAAACCUGGUGGCAUAAUUGCUCUUCUAGAUGAAGCUUGUAUGUUUCCAAGAUCAACUCAUGAAACAUUUGCCCAGAAGUUAUAUCAGACAUUUAAGAAUCAUCAACGCUUCAGUAAACCAAAAUUGUCACGGACUGACUUCACAAUUGGCCAUUAUGCUGGUGAUGUUACUUAUCAAACAGAACUAUUUCUGGACAAGAACAAAGACUAUGUGGUUGCCGAACAUCAGGCACUUCUAUGUGCUUCCACAUGUUCCUUUGUCUCUGGCUUGUUUUCGUCUUUAGUUGAGGAUUCAGCCAAGUCGUCAAAGUUCUCCUCUAUCGGUUCUCGGUUUAAGCUACAAUUGCAACAGUUGCUUGAAACUCUCAGUCACACAGAGCCACAUUAUAUCCGCUGUGUAAAACCCAACAAUGUUCUUAAACCUGCAAUCUUUGAGAACAAGAAUGUUUUACAACAACUACGGUGUGGGGGUGUCAUGGAGGCAAUCAGGAUAAGUUGUGCUGGAUAUCCUACUAGAAAACCGUUUGCUGAAUUUGUAGACCGAUUUGGCCUUCUUGCUCCUGAAGUUUUGGAUGGAAGCACUGAUGAGGUCAAUGCUUGCAAAAGACUUUUAGAGAAGGUGGCCUUAGAAGGCUAUCAGAUUGGUAAAACGAAGGUCUUUCUUAGAGCUGGGCAGAUGGCAGAACUGGAUACUCGUAGAAUCGAGGUCUUAGGACGAUCUGCUAGUAUUAUUCAAAGGAAGGUUCGUUCUUAUUUGGCUCGAAGAAGUUAUGCCAAACUUCGUCUAUCUGCAAUACGCAUUCAGUCGGCUUUGAGAGGACAACUUGCUCGACAUGUUUACGAGGGGUUGAGGAGAGAGGCUUCCUGCCUGAUGAUCCAAAGGCAUCUGCGCAUGUAUCUUGCUAGGAAAGCUUACCAAGAUUUAUAUUUCUCUGCUGUAUCUAUUCAGACAGGCAUCCGAGGGUUGACUGCUCGUAAUGAGCUACGCUUCAGAAGGCAGACUAAAGCAGCAAUUAUCAUCCAGAGCCACAGUCGCAAAUUGUUGGCACGUUUGCAUUAUACAAGGACAAAGAAAGCAGCUGUCACCACACAGUGUGCUUGGAGGGGAAGAGUUGCUCGUUUAGAACUACGAAAACUUAAGAUGGCUGCAAGGGAGACAGGUGCCCUCCAAGCUGCCAAAAAUAAAUUGGAAAAGCAAGUUGAAGAAUUGACAUGGAGAUUACAACUGGAGAAGCGCAUGAGGGCUGACUUGGAAGAAGCUAAAACACAAGAAAAUGAAAAACUGAAAUCUGCUUUGCAAGAGAUGCAAGUUCAAUUUAAAGAAACUAAGGUGAUGUUUGAGAAGGAACGUGAGACUGCGAGAAGAGCAGAAGAAAAAGUCCCAAUAAUACAGGAAGUUCCAGUUGUUGACCUUGUCAUGAUGGAGAAGCUAACAAAUGAAAAUGAAAAGCUCAAGGCUUUGGUGAACUCACUUGAAAAGAAAAUUGAUGAAACAGAGAAAAAGUAUGAAGAGGCAAGCAAAAUUAGUGAAGAAAGAUUGAAGCAAGCUUUGGAUGCAGAAUCAAAAAUAGUUCAGUUAAAGACUACCAUGCAAAGGAUCCAAGAAAAAUUUUCUGACAUUGAAUCUGAAAACGAAGCUCUACGUCUGCAAUCAUUGCAAAGUACGCCUGUUAAAAGGGCAUCUGAGCAUCCACGUAUUCCACCCAUUCCAUCAACUCCGGAUACUCAGAGGUUUGAAAAUGGUCACCACACUGAUGAAGAAGAUGGAGCCAAUGAAUUACAAAGUGCAACACCUGUGAAGAAGUUCGGCACUGAAGCUGAUAGCAAGUUGAGGAGAUCUGUUGUUGAACGGCAACAUGAGAGUGUUGAUGCCCUUAUCAACUGUGUUGUGAAGAACAUAGGAUUCAGUCAGGGAAAGCCUGUUGCAGCUUUUACAAUCUACAAAUGUCUUCUCCAAUGGAAAUCUUUCGAGGCUGAAAGAACUAGUGUCUUUGAUCGUCUCAUCCAGAUGAUUGGUUCAGAAAUUGAGAACCAAGACAACAAUGAACACAUGGCUUACUGGUUAUCAAAUACUUCAGCAUUAUUAUUCUUGCUCCAACGAAGUCUGAAGGCUGCCGGUACAAUUUCACAGCGGAAACCUCCAACAUCUCUCUUUGGGAGGAUGACCAUGGGUUUUCGCUCAUCCCCUUCUUCUGCAAAUCUUCCUGCACCUGCACUUGAUGUAGUACGCCAAGUGGAGGCUAAGUACCCGGCAUUACUUUUUAAGCAGCAGCUUACAGCCUAUGUGGAGAAAAUAUACGGCAUACUUCGAGACAACUUGAAAAAGGAGCUAUCAUCAUUGCUUUCUUUAUGUAUCCAGGCGCCAAGAACAGCAAAGGGUGUACUACGAUCUGGGAAGUCCUUUGGUAAAGAUUCUCCUGCCAGUCACUGGCAGAGCAUUAUUGAUAGCCUCAGCACAUUCCUUAGCACCUUGAAAGAAAAUUUUGUGCCUCCUAUUCUUGUCAAGGAGAUCUACACUCAGACUUUCUCAUAUAUUAAUGUUCAACUCUUUAAUAGUCUUCUUCUGCGCCGUGAAUGCUGUACAUUCAGCAAUGGGGAGUAUGUGAAAUCUGGAUUGGCCGAGUUGGAGCUAUGGUGUUGCCAAGCCAAAGAAGAGUAUGCAGGCUCAUCUUGGGAUGAACUUAAGCACAUAAGACAAGCUGUUGGUUUCCUGGUCAUUCAUCAGAAGUACAGGAUUUCUUAUGAUGAAAUUACAAAUGAUCUGUGUCCUAUCCUGAGUGUUCAGCAACUUUAUAGAAUAUGCACUCUUUACUUUGAUGACAACUAUAAUACCCGAAGUGUCUCUCCAGAUGUAAUAUCCAGUAUGAGAGUACUCAUGACUGAGGACUCUAACAAUGCUGUCAGCAACUCAUUUUUGUUGGAUGAUAAUUCUAGCAUCCCUUUCUCGGUUGAAGACCUCUCUACUUCCCUUCAAGAGAAGGAUUUCACCGAUGUUAAGCCAGCAGACGAACUUCUUGAGAAUCCGGCCUUCGAAUUUUUACACGAGUAAGGCUAAGGAAGCUCAAGCAUGAUUUUUUAUUUUUUUUCACAAGUUAGGUGGUAGAUCAAAUUAUAUUGCAUUUGUUGUUGUAAAUCUUGUUCUUUUCUUCGCCUUUAAGCCGUUUUAUAUCCAUGCCCCUUCUGUUUAUUCUUUCAUUGUGGCAUUCAAAUUGUAUAGUCCUCAUCAUUAUAAGGGGCGACAAUACGUAGAAGUGGGUGUGUAUUUUUUUUUUCUUUUCCCUGUCUUGUUUUGUCUGCCAU